AUGGGUAAGAAAGAGAUUCUUAAAAAAAUUAAUGGAAGCUUCAGAUCAAAACACUUAACAGCUAUACUAGGAGGAAGUGGAUCCGGGAAGACAACCUUACUAAACAUUUUAGCUGGAUUAUUAUCUUCGUUUAAAUAUAUUGUAGCUGUACGAUACUGUUCUUUUAGAGGUAUGGAUUGUGUAUCAGCCACAAAAUGCGUAGAUAUCAUAAAAAAAAUAUGUAUGCAAGGGAGAAUAAUUAUUUGUUCAAUUCACCAACCCUCCAAAUACAUUUUUGAUGAAUUUGACCAGGUUUAUUUUUUGGCAGAAGGUCGAUGUAUUUAUAAUGGAUCUCCAUCAAACGUGGUAAAAUAUUUAUCAAAAAUGAACCUUAUAUGUCCUUUAUCAUGGAAUCCUGCAGAUUAUCUUAUAGAAAUUGCACAAGAAGAAAUCCCAUUGCUAACGUUACAGGAAGGAAGUAAACACGGUCUAUUGGAAGAUUUCCAAUAUUCCUCGGAACAACAGGAACAAGAACAAGAACAAACAACGAAUCCUGAAAAUAUUUUAAAUUUUCCCGUCUCAUGUUUUAGACAAAUAAAAAUAUUAUUAAUCAUAACAUUUUUACAAAUGAGUCGGGAUAAAAAACUGUUAUUUAUCCAGUUUCUUAAUCAUCUGCUAUUGGGUCUUAUUACCGGAGGACUUUUUCUCAAUUCAAGUAGUAGCGCUUCGAAAGCAGUUGAAAACUUCUUCUUCUACCUCACAGUCGUCAUGUUUUUCAUUUACACUCACACAAUGACAUCGGUACUUUUGUUACCCAGUGAAGUUGAAAUAUUCAAAAAGGAGUACUCGAAUAGAUGGUACUCUCUUAGAGCAUAUUAUGGGGCACUUAUACUAAGGAAUGUUCCCAUAAUGAUUCUUUACGGUUUCAUUUUCAACGGUUUGGUUUAUAUUCUUACUGCUCAAAGAAUGGAUUUGUACUAUUUUGGACUAUUCUCAUUCACUACAUUUACGAUUUCAGCUGCAUCUGAAGCAUUAGGUACCUUCGUGGGAUCACUGUUUAAUAUUAUGCAUGGUUCGAUAGCCGCUCCGGUCAUCCUGGCACCAUUUGUCAUGCUCUCCUUGUACGGCAUAGGUGACGGUGAAAAAAUUCAUCCAUUUAUGGAUUUUGUUACAUCGUUCAGCUACGUAAGAUCCGGCUUCACCGCAUUAUGUAGACUCAUGCUUUCCAAUCAGCCACCUUUGGAAUGUUUGGACGAAGACUACUGUCAUUAUAAGGACACGGAUCUUCUUCUACGUGACAUGGGAAUGGGGGACAAGCGAUAUUACUUAGAAAUUGUUUACAUUUGUUUAUUUACUUUCGUUUGCCGUGUGUUGGGCUACUUAGCCUUAAAACUGCGAACGAAAGUUGACUUUGAGAAGAAAAUUGAAGCUGUCGUUUCUAGUCCUGUUAUAAAAAAAACUACUUUUUUUUGUAAAUAACAUGUUUUAUACCAGACUUUUUUUAAUAAAAUACACAAAAUUAAAUUUAUUCGUUUAUAU